UGCCAACAACCCCGCUUCUAAUUGGCGCGUAGGGGAUUGCGCAUCGCUAAAUUGCACGAUAUCGCUGCGGCCAACCUGAACGGUCAACGUAUCUCUAAGGUACCCAGGCAGCCCCGGGGACCUACGCAGCCGUGAAGACGCCCCAGCUUGACCUACCCGCCCGUCGAAUCAACGCAGCGCGUCGUAUGAUGGUUGAUUCGAGAAUUGAAUAGCCCUGGCUAGCUCGUCUGUCCCGUUAUCGACCCGGACUGGAUAAUAUACCCCCCUCCCAUCUGUCUCUCCGUGCGCUUGUGCCGCCGGGCCACUUCUCCAGCCUCGUCCUUGCAAAGAAGUCAAAACCCGCGUCUAAAAUGCAAGGCUUAAACCCCGAUGGUAUAGUCUCGAACUAAGACUUGGACGAUUUCAACCUAGCACGAACGAUGGAGUCCGUCCGACGAGCGCAGGGGUGCUGGACUUGCAAACGACGUAAGAUCGGAUGUGACCGACACUACCCAGCCUGUGACAACUGUCUUCGCACCGGAAGAGAGUGUUUGGGCUACGGAAUCCGCCUCGCCUGGCCCGACCAGCCGGAUGGCAGACGCAGACUCAGUCGCCUCCCGGACCACACGAUCCACCACCACGAAAUCGACUCGGCCUACUACGGGAAGCAAUUUUUGAACGUGACUUACUCAGAUUUGGCCGUGGCCAGGAAGGGCGUUUCGCCGAUUGGCCUGUCCCUCAUCCGCUGUCAGCCGCGACCGUCACGAACCGUGCCCAUUUUUCCGAAUUUCCACGAAAAGGAAUCGCAUCUACUCGGCUACUAUAAGACGAGGCUCUCCAGCAUGAUAUCCACAAUUGACGUCCACAACGGAUUCCGCGAUGAUCUGCUGCCCAUGGCGCUCUCAACCCACGGCGCUACGUCAGACGGUCUGCGAAAUGCCAUCCUAGCUCUGUCGGCUUUCCAUCUCUGGGGCGCCGAGCACGCUCUAUCGUACAAAGCGGAGGCGCUGCGAUCCUUCCGUUCGUCGAUAGGGCGCGACUCUCCCGGCAUCACGGAGACGCAGCUGGCGACGUCUAUGAUGCUCUGCGUCUACAACGUCUUCGAUGAGACCGAGGGGAAUUGGGGUCUGCACCUGGCAGGCGCCCAGGUCAUUCUCCGCGAACUCGCCGAGAUCCACGGAGGCCAAUUGCGAUAUGGCUUCUUGUAUACGUGGUUCCUCUACCACGAAAUUCUAGGCAGCUUUAGCCAGCCUCUGCUAUACGGGCCCGAAGGCCCGGCAUCUCUCAAGCUCCUCCACGACACAGCUUUCGACAAGUCUCAAAUUAUAGGGUCCCUCGGGUGUUCCGUGGAAGUGAUGGAAAUUAUCAGCUAUGCGAACGGGCUGCGCGCCGCAGAACUCCGGGGCGUUCCCGCCGGCCUCUCUCCGGAGGAACGAGCCCAAAAAGCCGACGAAUGGCACAUGAUUCAGAACAGAAUUACCAAGCUCGAGCAGCAUCUUCAUCCCGCGGACGCGAGUAUCCUAGCCCCGAGGGAACGGACUAGGAUCUAUACGACCGCCGAGCUCUAUCGGAUCGCUGCUCUCCUUUACUUGCUGAGGACGGGUGAGAGUGCCCAGAAUCAAGACCUUCGGUCGAUGUAUCUAGACGAAGCGUUCAAGGCUCUAGGUCGCCUCGAGGUCUGCACGAGUCCUUGGCCACUUUUCGUUAUAGCGUGCGAGACCGAGUCCGACCAUCAGAGGAUAAUGAUCCUCCAAACGCUGGACCGGAUGGACGAUACCCGGCACAUCGGCAACGUUUUCGUUCUAAGAGGUAUAAUCGAAUCAUUUUGGAAACAACAGGACCUUCAGGCGGAUAGCGGCCGCAACACUAAUAUCAAAUGGUGGAACGUCGUCAACCUAAACAUCCCUGCGCCCUGGUGUAUCUAAGACUGUCGCCGCCGCCAUCACCAUCUAACUCCGACUCCCGCUUCCCA